UCAGCUCUCCUACGGCCCGAGCAGCCUGGAACACAUUGCUUUUCCAGGAGCGCUUUCCAACAAACACCAAAUCCUACAGAUUUCUUCUUGGCACCGGCCGAAGCAUUUUUACAGCGAUUGAUUUUGCUCUGUGAGAUUCAGAGAAAGGCUGAAAGGCUGCUCCCGCUUCCAGGAAUCCCGGCGAGCACAGGUCGUUCCCUCUCGGGACAGUGCUGCGCAGGCACUGCCCGCAUCCCACCCCCUGCCCGCCCCCCACCCCGGGGCACCGGGGGAAGCCCUUUCCUGGCUGCAGCCACGGCUCGGGGGGACAGGCGGGGACGUCCCGCGCGUGGCAGAGGGUGACGGUGCCUCUCCACGGGCGGUGGGUGCGUGCCCGACCCCGGGUGCCCCGUCCUGCCCCGGGGACGCCGCCUGCGCUCUCCGGAGCACCGGGCCGGGAUGCGCCCCGCCGGCCCGGUCCGCUCGGUUCCUAUCGAUGCCAGUCCAUGCCGGUCGGUCGCUGCCGGUCCGUGUCACGCCGGUGCGUCGGUGCCGGUCCGGUCCGGUUCGGUCCGCGCGGUUCCGGCCGGUCGGUGCCGCUGGACGCCGUGCCGGUGCGGCCCGUGCGGUGCCGGUGGGUGCCGCGGGGAUGCGCUGCGCUGCGGUGGGACCGGACCCGUGGGAGGCGGCGGGGGCGGCCCCGCUAAUUGCAUAACCGGGACGUCAAUGCCGGCGGGAGCGCGGGGGAAGCGCGGGAAGAUGGCGCCCCGCGCCCGGCCCCCGCCGCGCCCCGCAGCCCCCCGGGCCCGCGCCCCGAGCGCCCGCUGAGCGCCCGGGGGCACCGCGGCUGUGCGGAUGGAGGGCACGCAGCUGGACCCGCUGAUCCGGGAUGUGUACGCGGCCGCCGGCCGUGCCCAGCCGGCAGCGGGCUCGGCGCGGAGGGGCGGCGGCUGCCGGGAGCUGAUGGUCCGGCUGAGCGAGGGGCAGUACGUGCUGUGCCGCUGGACAGACGGGCUCUACUACCUCGGCAAGAUCAAGAGGGUGAGCGGCUCCAAGCAGAGCUGCCUCGUCACGUUUGAGGAUAACUCCAAGUACUGGGUGCUCUGGAAGGACAUCCAGCAUGCCGGUGUCCCGGGGGAGGAGCCCAAGUGCAGCAUCUGCCUGGGGAAGAAGUCGGGCCCCAGGAACGAAAUCCUCAUCUGCGGGAAGUGCGGGCUGGGUUACCACCAGCAGUGCCACAUCCCGGUGGCGAGCGGCGGCGAGGGCCCGCUGGGGACGCCGUGGUUCUGCCGCCGCUGCAUUUUCGCCCUGGCCGUGCGGAAAGGGGGUGCCCUGAAGAAAGGAGCCAUUGCCAGGACGCUGCAAGCCGUGAAGAUGGUGCUGUCCUACAACCCCGAGCUGCUGGAGUGGGACUCCCCGCACCGCACCAACCAGCAGCAGUGCUACUGCUACUGCGGGGGCCCCGGAGAGUGGUACCUGAAGAUGCUGCAGUGCCACCGCUGCCGGCAGUGGUUCCACGAAGCCUGCACGCAGUGCCUCAGCGACCCCAUGAUGUUUGGAGACAGGUUCUAUGUGUUUUUCUGCUCUGUGUGCAACCAGGGACCAGAGUACAUCAAGCGCCUGCCCCUGAGAUGGGUGGACAUCGUCCAUCUCGCCCUCUACAACCUGGGUGUGCAGAGCAAGAAGAAAUACUUUGACUUCGAGGAGAUCUUGGCCUUUGUGAACCACCACUGGGACCCUCUGCAGCUCGGGAAGCUCACGGGCACCCCGAUCUCGGAGCGCGGCCCGCACCUCCUGAACGCCCUCAACAGCUACAAGAGCCGGUUUCUGUGCGGGAAGGAGAUCAAGAAGAAGAAAUGCAUCUUCCGCCUGCGGAUCCGCGUCCCCCCGAACCCCCCCAGCAAGGUGCUGCCGGAGAAAGCCCCCGGCGAGGGCGAGAGCGGCUCCUGCGAGCUGAAGAAGCGGGGCAAAAGCAAAUACGCCCAUAAGGACAGCCUCCUGCCGCGGCAGCUCCAGCAGCAGAAGCGAGCGCGGCGCAAGAGGGCCAAGUUCCUGCUGGAGGAUGCCAUUCCCAGCAGCGACUUCACCUCGGCCUGGAGCACCAACCACCACCUGGCCAGCAUCUUCGACUUCACGCUGGAUGAGAUCCAGAGCCUGAAAAGUGCCAGCUCAGGACAGACUUUCCUGUCGGACGUGGACUCCACAGAUGCCACCAGCACCUCAGGCUCGGCCUCCACGAGCCUCUCCUACGAGUCCAGCCGCAGGACCGUGGGCAGCCGCAAGCGCAAGCUGGCAGUGCCAGCCUACGCCUCGGGGGCCAAGAGGAGAGGAGGGGGCGAGCUGGGCGGGCGCCCGGCCGCCACCACCCCCGAGGGCAGCGAGGCAGCGGCCGGCCCCGAGCGCCCCGACGACGGCAUCGACAGCCACACCUUCGAGAGCAUCAGCGAGGACGACUCCUCGCUGUCCCACCUCAAGUCCUCCAUCAGCAGCUACUUCGGGGCCGCGGGCCGGCUGGUGUGCGGGGAGAAGUACCAGGUGCUGGCGCGGCGGGUGACGCUGGAGGGGAAGGUGCAGUACCUGGUGGAGUGGGAAGGCACGACCCCCUACUGAGCCCCGCCAGCCCCGAAACCUCUCCCGGAGCCGGAGCAGAGGAGAUCGGGCUGCUGGGGAAGCCCGUGAGGCACAGGAGAGCCGCUGGUCCCUCCUCCCGGCCAUCUCGGCGGGGGGAGGCAGCGCCCAGGCAGGCAGGGCUGCCCAGGAAUGAAACCUGAAGCCCCGACACUCUAUUUUUUUUAAUGUCAACGAUUUUUAGUUCCUUGGCUGUGUUUAUGCAGAGCGUGGCCCGGCCGUGCCCUCCUGAUGGAGCCCGGUGGUGCUCAGAGCAGCGAGGGGCUCCGGCCCUUCCAGAAGGGUCCCCCUGGCACAGCUAGAGCAGCUGCCUGGGGGCACCCCACACCCCGCUCACACACAGGGACCCGUGCCGGGCACAGCCUGCCUCAUCCCGCUGUCCCAGCCUGACUGAGCAGCCUCCAGGAGCUCCUGCUGCCCAAACACCAACCCCUCCUCACCCCUGGGCUCUCCCAGCUCAUCCCCGUGCCCUCGGGAAACUGGGGGACAGCUCUCGGGGUUUUCCACCUCGUCCUGAAUCCAUUCAUGAAAGGAAUGUGGUUUGCUUUGUGUGAGAGGAAAAUGCCCCCAAAGCAGCCCACGCGUGGCUGUCGCAGCCAUGGGGCAGAUGUGCUCUCACCCCACAACCUGGACUGUGUGUGGGGCUGCACCGGCUUCAUUUCCCUGUUCUGACAAUCAUGAUCUUGGAAGAGAUCGUCCAAAAAAUCCUCCUUUGCCUUAAAACCACCGUGGGGACUGCACAGACUGGAGCCCAAGGCCUUUUGUUUCUACAGGAAUCUUCACCCAAAUGUGCCAAACCAGCAGACAAACCAAAAAAAAAAAAAAGGCUGAGUAGGACAAUGGGGGCAGGGGCUGUACUGGGGUCCCUGUGGCCACCCCUGUGACCUCCUGGCUGCGCUGAUGUCUGUGAGCACCGGGCUUGAUUUGCCUGCAGGAGAGAAGGAGCAGCCCCUCCUCUAACAAAGCAAUGCUGCCAGCCUGGGCAGGAGCAGAGCAGCUGGCUUUUAAAGAAAGAUCCCAGUAUCAGAGAGAUGUGUUCGAUUUUUAUCCUUUAGAGAGACAGAGAGAUGGUUUAAUGUCCUCCUCGCCUCUCCCCCGUCCCACUGUGGCUGUCCCAGGGGAUGGAGGGUGGCCCACGCUGGGCUGUGGGGUCCUGUCCUGUCCUGCCUGCGCUUGUGGGAUCUCGGCUCAUCCACAGCACAGUGUCCCUGUCCUUUUGGGAGAGGGGCUGCCAGGUGCCCCCAUCCCUGGCAGGAGAACUGGAGAACUGGAGAACUGCCUGUCCUGCCUUAGCUUUGUCCCUGAAGGAUCACUUCAAAGAUUUCCCUUUCCUAGUGCCUAUGGAGCCCUUCCAAGGGUCUGCUGAGAGCUGUGCCAGGGCUGAGCAGGGUUAUGCCCGUGGGAUGUGCCCGUGGGAGCACCCACAGGGUCUGGCCCUGGCUCCUCUCUGCUCCCUCUGUGUUCCCCCUCCUCCUCUCCUGGCUUCUUGCAGAGAAUUGAAUGUGGAGCCUUUAAAAGUAUUUUUGUUGCAGAGUAUAUUUUGCAUUCGCUGUAAUAGAGAUUAUAACAACUCUGUGCACCUUCUGAUUUCUGAGUUCAGGUUGCUGCUUGUGAGCACCUCUUGUUACACCCAAGUUGUAAUUAAUAUGUCUGAUGUACAAUUAAAAAGUGGGGUUUUUUUCAAA